AUGUCCACUACCAUGACCAUGACUGCUCCGCCGGAGAUCACGGCCGAAAAUGUCGCCACCAUCUUCCCCGACGUCGACACCUCCCUGGCCCGCAAUGUGCUCCCCACCGCCAGCAACAGCAACGUGCGCGAAGGUGCCGAACUCGAUGGUUACGACGAGGAGCAGGUCCGUUUGAUGGAAGAAGUCUGCAUUGUGUUGGACAAUGAAGACCGACCUAUUGGUAGCGCCAGCAAGAAGACCUGCCACUUGAUGACAAACAUUAACAAGGGUCUUCUGCACCGCGCUUUCUCCGUUUUCCUCUUCGAUUCCAACAAGCGCCUCCUGUUGCAACAACGUGCCUCCGAGAAGAUCACAUUUCCCGACAUGUGGACCAACACCUGCUGCUCCCACCCCUUGGGGGUUCCUGGCGAGACAGGCGCCGAGUUAGACGCAGCCAUUUUGGGUGUGAAGCGUGCUGCGCAGCGCAAGCUGAACCAUGAACUGGGCAUCAAGGCCGAACAGGUCCCAUUGGAUAAGUUUGAGUUCUUCACUCGCAUCCACUACAAGGCCCCGAGCGAUGGCAAGUGGGGAGAGCACGAGGUGGACUAUAUCCUCUUCAUUGAGGCCGACGUCGACCUGGAACCGAGUCCGAACGAGGUGCGGGAUACCUGCUACGUCUCGGCCGAUGAGCUGAAGACCAUGUUCCAGCGACCUGAGCUGAAGUUCACGCCGUGGUUCAAGCUCAUCUGCAACUCUAUGCUGUUCGAAUGGUGGAGCCACUUGGGUACUCCGCCUUUGGACAAGUAUAAGGGCGAGACGCAGAUCCGCCGGAUGUGA